GUCGCUCAGAAACUAGUAUAUGUAUAUUUUAAUAUAAAAACGUAAAAAGGAAAAAAAAUAUUAUAUUUUUCCGGGUGGUCGUAGAUCGGAUCUGAAUCAUCAGAAUUCACGACUCAUAAGCAGUUAAAUCUAUUCGAUCAACGAGAUUCCAGGAGUAAGCAGGGUUUUACGAUCACACCGACAAAUAUGAAAGAAAGAAAAUCUGCCAAGUUGAAUCAUCAAGACAGCGAUGAACAGAUCCACCACCAAAACAGUCACCUGGCUUCCUUCAAGUUCGCCAAAUUGUUCGACUCAGAAGCUUCCUGGGACAAGGAUCAACUAGGAGAUGUGUUGCAUUGGAUCAGGCAAGUUGUUGGCUUACUCUGCGGUUUGCUUUGGGGUGCUAUUCCUUUGGUUGGUGGCAUUUGGCUUCUUCUGUUUCUGGCGAUCUCCUCGGGCAUAGUAUAUGGUUACUAUGCGUUGAUUCUAAAGAUCGAUGAAGAAGACUAUGGGGGUCAUGCAGCUCUUCUCCAGGAUGGUUUAUUUGCUUCUCUAAGUGUGUUCCUGCUAGCGUGGAUUCUGGUGUAUAGCUUGUCUAGCUUCUGAUAGAGACACAAGUGUCUUGCGCUUAAGUGUUGCUUUUGCCUCUGCUCGGAAGAAGUUUAGGAGAAUGUGCCCUUUCACGGUUUCUUCGAUUACAGUCUUCUUUACGCUGCUCUUGAUGCUUUUGUGUUUCUUAAGAUGGGAACUAGCAUUGGUACAUCUUGUGGGGUUUUGCUUUAGUUUUGUCUACUAUACUCUUUUUUUAUCUGUUUAAUAAAUUAAGUAUUAUGUGUUUAUGCUACAAAAGGGUAAUUUUUUCCAGGGUUACUCUA